AUGAGCUCGUACUUUGUAAACUCCUUCUCGGGGCGUUAUCCAAAUGGCCCGGACUAUCAGUUGCUAAAUUAUGGCAGUGGCAGCUCUCUGAGCGGCUCUUACAGGGAUCCCGCUGCCAUGCACACCGGCUCUUACGGCUACAAUUACAAUGGGAUGGAUCUCAGCGUCAACCGCUCCUCGGCCUCCUCCAGCCACUUUGGGGCGGUGGGCGAGAGCUCGCGCGCCUUCCCCGCGUCAGCCCAGGAGCCCCGCUUCAGGCAGGCGACGUCCAGCUGCUCCCUGUCCUCGCCCGAGUCCCUGCCCUGCACCAACGGCGACAGCCACGGCGCCAAGCCCGCUGCUUCGUCCCCUUCCGACCAGGCGACCCCAGCCAGCUCCAGCGCCAAUUUCACCGAAAUAGACGAGGCCAGCGCGUCCUCCGAGCCUGAGGAAGCGGCAAGCCAGCUAAGCAGCCCGAGCCUGGCUCGGGCACAGCCGGAGCCCAUGGCCACCACUACAGCCGCGCCCGAGGGGCAGACUCCACAGAUAUUCCCCUGGAUGAGGAAGCUUCACAUCAGCCACGAUAUGACUGGGCCAGACGGGAAAAGGGCCCGGACCGCCUAUACUCGCUACCAGACCCUGGAGCUGGAGAAGGAAUUCCACUUCAAUCGCUACCUGACCAGGCGGCGACGCAUUGAGAUCGCCCACGCGCUCUGCCUGUCCGAGCGUCAGAUCAAAAUCUGGUUCCAGAACCGUCGCAUGAAGUGGAAGAAAGACAACAAACUGAAAAGUAUGAGCCUGGCUACUGCCGGCAGCGCCUUCCAACCAUGAGCCCAUCCGGAGGAGCCCUGGGCUGCCCAAGAGCCCGCACCACCCCCAGCCCGACCCUUCCAAUCCUCCCUGCACUGCCGCUGCCCGCUGGGAACCUGUUCCCACGAGCCUGUCUUGCCCCAGCCUUGUGUUACAAUUUUUCGUUUGGUCUUAGGUCUUCCCAUGGCUCCCUCUCUCCUGGACUGGUUAUCUUGUUAUUAUUGUUAAUAAUUAUAAUUAUUAUUAUUUCCCCUCCAUACUCCCCACCUCCCUCGGCUCGCCCCCAAUUGCCAGUGUUUCUGAAUGUCCUUGUGUCUGUGGGUGCACCCCUUUCCCCAGGAAAAAGAAAAGAAAAAGAAAUUCGCAUGUUUAAUGUGACUUCCCUUCCCUGUCUGUGUUCUAACUUAUUUAUAAAAGGAUAAUGGCUGUAUUUUGAGUUUCAGCUGGAAACUUCCAUAAGGGGCAGCAGUUGAGGUAGUGCUGGGCCCAGCUGAGCUGGCCUGAGAAAUGGAGUCUAUGAUUGAGUCUCUCUUCACCCACCUCAUCCUUCUUCAGCUCCCACUCCCUAGGCCCAGGACUCCGGAGCAGUGGCUUGUUCCUGGGGUGGGAAG